CUGCGGAACUAAACGUCUGAGCUCGCGUUUCCAACCGGCACUAUUUUUCAAGUGGACACGUAGUCAUUCUGCUGUUAUUUCAGAGGGACUUGUUUCUUGUGCAGGUUAACUUAGAUACGGAUUGUGUUUUAACCGUGUACACUAAGCCUGCUUAAACACCACGAUGAGAAGAGUCAACAUGGCGGACUCCACGGAGCCGAAGCUGAACUUCACUCUGAAGCAGCUCUCUCUGUCCGCUCAGUCCGAGCAGGAAGACGUACCCGGCAGCUCGUCCACCGUGGAGCUGCGGACCAGCAGACUGGUGUGUGUGGAGUAUCCCGCUGUGGUCAACAAUGUGGACAAGAUGCUGGAGACUCUCGGGGGUGAACAGACGGUGUCCAAAACGUUCGCUCAUCCCAACAGGCGCCUUGAACUGCGUUUCCGGCCUCAGGACCCGUUCUGUCACUCUCUCUGCGGCAACCGCUUCCCCUCCAGCAACCUCCUCCUCAGAGUGCGGCGGCGGGUGCGAAAGAAGGACCCGAAGGAUGCAGAGAUCCACAUGGAUAUACUGGGGGUCAUAGGAACAACCUACAAAUACCAGGGGAUGGCAGACUUUCAGUGCCUGGCAGUGCAUUCAGAAGGUGGAAAAGAAACGUCCUUGUAUGACAAAAUCAUCCUCCGCAAAGUAGAGAAACAAGAGUUCUUCGAGCAGCCCAUGCCGUACUUUCUCCCCCCGGCCAUCUUCUCACGCCUCGACACUCCUGUCGAUUAUUACUACCGGCCUGACAUCCAUCAAAAGGCUCUGGCACGCCCACUGCCUAUCAACAAGAAGAACUUAAUUGGUUUGAAUCGCGCCCGUCGGCCCCACAACGCCAUUUUUGUCAGCUACAGUGAUGCCAGUGUGCCUGAUGAGUGUCGGGAGGCAGCCAGGACCAACUGGACACGUGUCUGCCAGAAGGAGAAUGACAAGCAGGCUGAAGAGCAACUGAAAAAGAUGUUUGAGAGUCGCCCCAUCUGGUCACGGAACGCUGUCAGAGCCAAUAUCAACAUCCAGCCUGAUAAGUUGAAACUGCUGCUGCCCGUCUUUGCCUACUACAUGGUGACAGGGCCGUGGAGAAGUCUGUGGGUGAGGCUGGGCUAUGACCCCCGGAAGACCUCAGAGUCCAAGAAAUACCAGCUGCUGGACUUCAGGAUCCGCUGUAGCACCAAGCAUGGGUAUUCAUUAUCGGACAUGCCAGUAAAAGCCAAGAGGAGUGCCCUCAACUACAAUCUGUCCAUCACUUUCAACAAAGCAGGUCCACAGGCAGCUAGUGUGAUGGAGCUUCCAGCUCAGGAAGGUCCGAGCACCAGCCGGGAUUCAGCCCCAAUCUCAUACCAGCUGAAGGAGUCAUCUUACAUUUUCAGAGAGGGCAUGCUGCCUCCUCACAGACAGAUGUUUUACCAGCUCUGUGACUUGGAUGUGGAAAGUAUCCAAAGGGUGAUUGAGCAGAACACUGGCAAUGAGCAGGAGUGUGACGAGCGGGACGGUUGGUGUGUUAUCGGCACUAAAGACAAGCUGAGGGACAUUAUGUCCGCCAUGAUCAGGAAGGUCAUCCGAGCCCAGAAGCCAGAUUUGCCAGAAGUGCGCAAGAAACGCAGACGCCGAGGCUUAAGUUCCCAAUCUCCCGGGAGAGAUGUGGAUACAGAGGAAGAAGUGCAGGAGGAUGAGAACAAGGAUGAUGAAGAGGAUGAUGAGGACGAUGAGUUUCAGCCAUCGGAGGGAAGUGAGAACGAGAUGGAGACAGAAAUGCUGGAUUACAUUUAACACCAGACAGACAUUUUGAUGACAUUCAUCUUGACUGUUAAUAUUUUUCCAUCAUGUGUUUCUCGUAGGAGGUGACAUGUUUUUGAAUAAUUUUUUUGAAUGAAAUGUAAAUAAAAAUGGAAACAUUUCUGGUGUUUCUUUUAAAGAAUUA